GCCAGUUGUAGCUGUUGUGAAGAUGGCAGCUGCCGGCAACGUCGAAGUUGACUUUGGUGAAUCUGACUACUCCAACAGAGAUCUUUUUUCUGUAAUUGCUCCACCGGAUGAAGCUGACGCCUGGAGAGAAAACGCGGACAUAACCUCAUAUGUGCAAGAACUGAGCUCGUACGACGUCCAAAGGCUAACUCACGAGCCAGAACGACUGGCUGAGGAAAAAGCACUAGUCUUGGAACAAACACAAAAGUUGGCCUUUGAGAAUUACAAGACUUUCAUUAAGACAGCACAGUGCUCCAAGGACAUCUUUAAAGAGUUCAAUGUGGUUGAAGGAAAGCUGGAUGCUUUGCAAGAGAAGCUUCCAGAAUUUGCCAAGAAGUGCCAGCAGUUCAGCCUGCAAUCUCAGCAAAUCACCACAAGAUGGCGCCAGAUGUCCCAGAUGCUGUCCAAGCAUCCACAGCUGCUGGAAGUGUUGGAGCUCUCACAGCUGAUGGAGACGUGUGUUCGCAAUGGCUGCUAUGACGAGGCCUUGGAGCUGGCUGCCUACGUGCGAAGACUCGAGAAGAAGCAUGCCGCUGCCAUUCCUCUCAUUGCGAGCAUUGGCGCAGAAGUCCGCGAGUCCCAGCAGCUGAUGCUGAGCCAGCUGGUAGGACAGCUGCGAUCCAACAUUCAACUGCCUGCAUGCCUCAAAGUGAUCGGUUACCUGCGGCGCAUGGAUGUCUACUCUGAAGCAGAACUGCGUGUCCGCUUUCUACAGGCCAGAGGCUCCUGGUUUGAUAGUGUCCUAAACAACAUUCCAACAAAAGAUGCUUACACGCAUCUCACACGAGUGGUGGAGGCCUGCCGGGUACACCUGUUCGACAUUGUGACUCAGUAUCGUGCCAUCUUCUCCGACGAUGACCCCCUGGCUGGUCUAGGAAAGGAUCCCAACACCCUCGGAGCCACCAUCUUCUACAGUUGGAUAACCAGCCAGGUUAGCCGGUUCCUGGACAUUGUGGAGCACGACCUGUCUGCAGAGCUGUCAGGCCGGUUGGACUCGGUACUGUCGCAGUGCAUGUACUUUGGGCUCUCCUUUAGUCGUGUGGGGGCCGACUUCCGACCGCUGCUAGCACGCAAGUUCCAGCAGGCCGCGGCCACCCGAUUCCGCUCUUCCAUCAGUCGAGCAACUGAGAGAUUUGGGGAGAUGAUGCACUCCUUCACGUUGACAACACUGCCAUCGAUGGCACCAGCAGCCAUGCUCAUGUCCACCCUCACGAUGCAGGAAAAUGUGCAGCCACCUUUUUCGCUGCUUGAGUUUGAGCCGCUGUCUCAGUACUGCAAUGCAGUUCUUGGAGCCUUCAACGAGCUCCGGCUCUGUGCCUGCCUGUCGCUGGCACGAGAGAUGACAAUUGUGUUGGAUGCCUCACUGAGAACUGUCGUCACCAUUAUUGUUGACUACCACACGGCAGAAGAACCCACAUUGACGGAGAAGGAGGCAGAGACACUGUCCCGCUUCUGUGGGUCAUUUGCCAAUGAGUUGGUGCCAUUUCUGAACACUUGUCUCUCUCUGCUGUUCCCUGCUGCUGAGAUUGGCAAGCUGUUGGGAGUACUACCUACCUAUGUUGCUAGGCUGGAGAACAUGGGCCACCUCAAGUGCGAGGACAUUGUACAGCCCAUGAAACACCUUGUGUCAGACUUUGAAGAAGACUUCACUGUGCCUGCAAGCUUAGACAUAGACGAAAUGAAUGUCACAAGUGAAAACGAAUUGGACACUGUGAAGACAGCCGAGCAGCAGCACUCUGCCGAAGCCCCAGAAGAGGCAACAGCCUCAGUGGAAGACGCAAGGCUGGCAAGCAGCAUUGAUAGUAAGGAUGAGGCAGUGUCCUCACCAGCUCUAGAGAUCAAUGCUGAGCCCUCUGCUGUUGUGGAUCAUCCUGCUAGCACAGAGCUUAGUGCCGUUGCUGAGCCUUCUGUACAUGAUACAGUGACAGACAGUGGACAGAGUGAAUGAACGACUGUGUAGAUAAACAAACAUAAAUGUUGUGCCUUGUAAAUAAAAUGUUUAUUUUUCAGUAGAA